UUCAACUAGGGUCCUAGGUUCAACAUGGCAACUACUUUGCAGCGAAUUUCUUCGCUGUCCAGAAAUUUGGCGUUCGCUAUGAGAAAUCGCGGCAGUUUACCGCGAAGGACGCUGCAGAAUGCAAGGCUAACGCAGUCGCUGUUGCCCCGUAGAAGCAUGUGCUCCGAUCUAACGCCGAAACCUGAAAAGGAAACUGUCUCCGCGACCUUCAUCAAGGCCGACGGUGAGCGGAUCACGGCGCGGGGAAAUAUCGGCGACAGUCUACUCGAUAUCGUCAUCGACAACGACAUCGACAUUGACGGCUACGGAGCGUGUGAGUGAACGCUGGCUUGCUCUACUGCACACGUCAUCCUGAAGCAGGCGGAUUACGACCGGCUACCCGAGAAACCCACUGAUGAGGAGCUAGACAUGCUGGACCUUGCCUACAGUCUAUCAGACACGUCGCGGCUCGGCUGCCAGGUCAUCCUUACCAAGGAUCUGGACGGGCUGACGGUUCAGGUGCCCGAGGGAAUAGCCGACGCUCGGGAGGUCGACUGACCUUUCACGACCUUGUAUGACCUUGCUUGACCUCGCACGGGUUCCCGCCGGGAGAUGGAGGGAUCGAUGACGCGAUAUUCGCCCUAUGGGUGGCGCUAGCUGUGUGUGCGUGCGCGCGUGAGUUUGUGUGUGUGUGUGUGAGGCUGUGAGGUGUGUGUGUAUGUGCGUGCCUAUGUGAGAGUGAGAGUGUGUGCAUGUUUGUGUGUGCAUGUGAGCGAGCGAGCGUGCGUGCAAGGCGUGCAUGUGAGUGUGUGUGUGCAUAUGCACGCGUGUGUUUGAUGUACGAGGCAGUUGGUAAGGUCUCCACACGAGUGGCUCUGCUCACCAACGUUUAGGAAAUUGAAAAAAUGUAGAUAGCAGUAUUUCACAGCUUGUAGGACGCACUGGUAACGGUAUUUCACAGCUUAUAGAUGCACUUUUUAACUCUGAGAAUGUCUCCAUCAUCCACCCUGUGUGCUUAGGGUCGUAGCCUGCGGGGGCCAAGGGGGGCAGCGGCCCCCCCUAGAUUUUGGAGCAAAAUUUAAAAAAUAAAUUGUUUCACUAAAAGAGAAUUGCCGUAGUCGGAAUGAAGGCUGUACAAACAAACAACUCAAAAGUACCUCAAAUACUAUCGAUCUACAUUUUCAACAUUUUCUGUGGGAGGACCCCUAGACCCCCCACCUUUUUCUCGCCCCCUCCUUGAAAUCCUGGAUCCGUCACUGCCCUCCCCCCCUAGGAAUUUGCUCAGCCUACGGCCCUGGUACUUCUAAUACUGCGUACGUAUUAUAAGCCGAUGAUCGGUGUAGCGGACAGUAUUAUAGCUAUGAUUUUUUAGCUGCUGUAUGGUAGAAUGUACACAUCAGCGGAUUUGCCUACAGUGUACAUACAAAUGUACUGUGUAUCUAAUGCUGAGCGAUAGUCAGGGAGAGUUGAAUGAAAUACCGGGACUUUAGUGGGUAAAAA